AUGGGUCAGAUCGCACACGACUUCUCAAACAGUAAGCCUCAGCUUCUCGACUCAGCGCAGGAAUGUUUCAAAGCCGCUCUCAGUUGCCUGCCAGUCCCUUAUGCUUCUGCCGAAGGCGGUUCAUACGACCAACUUGAAAUUACGCCCUCUGUUGUAUCCGACUCUCCCACUUCGAGCAAACUGCGAAGUCCCUACGUCUCGCCGAGUCCAAGCGUUGUUGAAAGCCUGUCGGCGCAGUCCAAACUCAUCAAUGGCCUCUCAUACCGCAUCCCAUCUGCCCUAGCAUGUGAGUCUGCGCGCAGCCUGUCUAUCUCGCUACAAACCACUCCUACUUUCCAGAGAGAAGAUGAAAAAGAAAAAGAAAAAGAAUCUGGACAUGGCGAUUUCGCUGCACCGAAGACACCCAUUGGACAUAAACAUCGACUUUGCCAGAGUCUUAGUUUUACUCAUUCACUUCAAGACGACCUUGUCCCUUCGCCACUCUUCAACCGCAACCAGAAACGCGCCCAGAUCUACUCAUCACGGCCCGAACUUAGUCGUCGACCUUUGCCUCCUCUUCCCUUCGGCCACAGUACUACAUUCGCCGUGGAAGGCUCCCGUGUUGUGCAAGUUCCGCAAUGGGGCAUGCGUAAAAGUGCCGUCCAGACUCUCAUCGCUAAAUACGAAGACACCACACCACUUACUCAAACCCCAUCCCCACGUCGGAUCACUCAGAACAACACCAGCGUGUGUUCCCCGGUGACACCCCGCUUCAGAAGGAUACGGGAUGCAUUCAGCCCAGACCCACGUAAUGACAGUCUUGAAGCAUAUCUUUCAUCCGCGGAUCUGACCCGUUACAGCCUGGGUAUAUCUGACUUUCGCACACAGUUACGUAAACACAUCUCCUCUCUCGAGGUCGAGGUCAGGCGUGUGCGAGAUCUGCAAGCGCAACGCAUGGCUAGAAAAGCUCAGAGGAAGCAUAGGCACACAAGCUUUUGGACCUUUCAACCUGCGAACCGGCUGGUCCCAACUUUGAUACCGUCAGACACCGAGAAGAAAGGAGGUCUAGAUGAUCCUGUGACUGCCGCAAGAAAAGAGCGAAUUGAGAGAUUGAGGAGAGAAGGUUGGAACGUUCGCAAGGAGAAGUACGGUUUCAAGGGAGUGGAGUGGUACGAGGCAUUCAGAUGUCGUGUCGAGAAAGAAAUAGCAGAAUACGAGAGGGCUCAAUGA